AUGAUUGCAGCAACACUGGCAACCGCUGGCAACAGACGAAAAAUUCCAAAACAACCACACGGAGGCGGACGUGCGGCUUUUAUGUUGAGUGUCAACUGUCAAAGCAAUCACACUCAAACUGCCAAAGCGAACGGUAUUUAUUUUCUUCAGAUCCGAUUCAGGUUUAUAUAUUCGUGAACAUGGGGAAAUUUACCUUUCAACAUAUUUAUGAAUUCCCCUGGGAACUAGUCACACAUACACAUCUGACAAAAUAUCCAACUGAAAAAGAAAAAAAUAUUGUUGGAACCCAAAUUACCGAUGCAAAAAAAGGGCCUGGAAAUCAAAUUUACUUAAAAAUUGUAGUAACGUGUUUGAAUGUGCUCCCAAGUGUUUUUCGAAAGCUUAAGGUUCUUGAUGUCCCAAAUAUUCUUUAUGAAGAAGAAUGCUGGAUUGACACUAAGAAAAGAUUUGCACAGCUCAAAAGUAGACCAGUAGGCUUCCAGAAUUAUGCGGUAUUGACUGAAAGCUCUACUUUUUCACAAGCUUCUGAGAACCCAAAUUGGACUCUGUUCACACAAGAAGGUGUAAUAGAAAUGAUUGGCUUUGGAAGAAUGAGCUGGCUCAUUGAAGUGUUUGCAACAAAGUUUCUCACAAGAGGUGCAAAGCGCAAUGUUUCCAUAAUGGAAGAACUGAUGAAAGAGAGGCUUGCAGCUUUCAAACUCUUAGCACAGUAAUAUACUCAUUGUUUUGUCUCUGUGAUAUUGAAAAAUGUUUCAGUUGUUGGCAAUUAGUGAAUGAGAUCUAGUCCCGUAGAACAUCGGUGAGUGUUUCCUAAAUAGAUAUCGGUCAAUUCCGUUCGUUAAGGUUUUGUGGAUGCUUUAACUGCCAUUUAUGCGCAAGCGAGUUUGGGUAAUGAUUCGCAAGUCUAAUGUUAGCAAUCAACUCUAACCGGAAGGACAAUUUUGUACCAAUGAGUGGUUCUGUUAAGUGUAGUUCCUUUUUUACCGUUUACGCUGCGAGACGUAACUAUUCACUGUUAAUCUGUUAAGUAGAAAAAUGAAAUGUAUGUUAUUCCUGCGUGUUCCAAGAAAACUAGCGUACAUUGAUCUUGAAGAAAAAAAUAUUAUUGAAACACCUACAAACUUUUUUUAAACAAAACUAACAAGAAAAUUCCAGAAGUUAUUCCCAAUUUUAUUCUUAACAAAAAAUCACAGAUCUAUAGUCGGCCGACUUUUAAAUUUCCUUGAUGCCCUUUCACUAGGUCUGAUGUUCAUAUGAUUACCAAACAAUGUAAAAGUCCACCUGCUAAUGUUGAACGUGAAUACACUGUCUCUCUUGGGAA